AUGCCCCUUUCCACUAAGGCUGUCGAAGGUAUCAAGGGCACAUUAGACCACUUCGUCAAGGAUGGCUCACCUGGUCUCGCCUUCCACGCCAUCGACAAAUCGGGCAAAACACUAGUCGAACAUGCUUCAGGUACGCUGGGGGUAGAUUCUAAUCAGCCCAUAGACUCUCAAAGUACUAUCUUCUGGAUUGCCUCUUGUACGAAACUCGUCACUGCUAUUGCUUUGUUGCAGCUUGUUGAGCAGGGCAAGAUCCCUUUGGAUGAUGCUGAGUUCAUCAAGAAAACUGUGCCGGAACUAUCUGACAAGAAGGUGUAUGCCGAUGGUGUUAACGGCGUUGAGCAAGAGAAGGGUGUUACGAUGCGCAUGCUAUUAAGCCAUACAGCAGGAUUUGGCUACCGAUUCGCUGAUCCGAGGCUCCAAGCGGACGGCAUCGAAGGGAGCAGUGGCGACAAGCGGGAUAUUCUCGACGCGAAGAUGGUGAACCAGCCAGGUAGCAUGUGGGAAUAUGGUAUCAACUUGGACUGGGCGGGCAUUGUCCUGGAACGCGUCACCGGUCAGACAUUAGGAGAGUACUUCCAAGAGCACAUCUUCACGCCUGUAGGCAUCGCCACAGAAGGCGCAUCCAUGUUUCCCUCCAAGGAUGCUCAAAAGAAUUUGGCACACAUGCACCAACGUGAGACCGACGGUACACUCAAGGAAAAAGAACAUCUCUAUAACGGUCCUCUUUCCUGCGCCAAAGAAAACCAAAAGGAUUUCCUGCAAUCUGGCGGCGCAGGACUCUGGUCAAGGCCGAGCGAAUAUGUUAAGAUCCUUGCUGCUCUGUUGAACGACGGAACAAAUCCACAAACACAAAACCGCAUCCUCAAGAAGGAGUCGGUAGAUCUCUUGUGGGAGAACCAAAUUCCAUCUCAGCCCGAUUUUGCGCGCUCCAACGUUCCACCCGCGAACCCCUUGCUGGUCAAUCAAUCGGCGGAUAUGUAUCCUCAGCCUGGCAACCCUCCUCAAGGAUGGGGCUUUGGUGGUUUUAUCACCAUCGAGCCUGGUUCAUCCGGUCGUGGGGCGAACACGCUGUGGUGGAUGGGCCUGUGCAACUGCUUCUGGUGGGUGGACAGGGAGAAGGGAGUUGCGGGCAUGCUCGCAUCGCAGGUUUUGCCGAACGGAGAUCCCAAAGUUAUUCCUGCGUGGUUCAUGGCGGAGAAGGGCAUUUAUGACGCGUUGGAAUGA